GUCAGACAUUCUGUUUAGAACUGCAAAGGCAAAGCUACCGUCUUCAGUCAGGUAGGUUUACAUCGAGUACUGAUUAUUUUUAUAGUAAGGAAUCUGUUCUAAAGCUGUACUUAAAAGGCAAAGUUAAAGAACAAGCAAUGGGAAACUCGGAUUCUAGUCAGCCUGAGCCACUUUACAAAGAACCAUGGAGGAUGCUGAGUGGGGAAACAAUUCUGGAUUUUGUGAAAGGCUAUAGACCUAAAAACAGUGACGUUGAACAUAUCCGAAUUCUCCUUCAUGGACCAGUCGGUGCUGGGAAGUCCAGCUUCAUCAACUCUGUUGACAGUAUCUUACAAGGCCACAUUUGUGUUCGAGCCCCCGUAGAUGGAAUAUCUACAGAAACUUACACCCAGGAGUACAAAACAUACAAAAUCUCUAACGGUGACGGCGGAUUCUACUCCUUUGUUUUUAAUGACACCAUGGGUUUAGAAAAAGACUUCGACGCUGGGGUCAUGGUGGAAGACAUGAAACUUCUCUUGGGAGGACACGUGGAAGAAAAUUAUAAGUUCCAGUCAAACAGAUCUGUGAGGGAGGCUGGCUACAGACACAAUCCCACACUGCAGGAUAGAGUUCACGUCUUGGUUUUUGUUGUUCCUGCCGAGAAAGUGAAAUUGCUGAGUGAUGAGGUUUGGAAAAAGCUGAGGGAAGUCAGACUCGAAGCACGCCAAACGGGAAUUCCGCAGAUUGCUCUUAUCACCAAAGUCGAUGAAUGUCCUGAAGUGGGAGACAAGAUUGAAAAUGUCCACAAGAGCAAGAACCUGAAGGAACAGGUCGAGCUAGUUCACAAGAGCUUGGGUAUUUCACCAAACUGCAUUUUUCUGGUGAAGAACUACCACCAAGAACUACAACUCAACAACGACACCAAUCACCUGAUACUGACAGCACUGAAACAGAUGCUUCAUUUCGGAGAGGACUUUCUCAACAACUUGCAAACCAACUAACUGUAAAAUGCAAAACAACGAUUCAAAGCAUUUGUUUAUUGUUUUUAAAAUCAUUAUAAUCUAGAUGGCAUUCUUUUGUCACAUUUUUCUUGUCUUAAGUAUUGGAGGGAAUUAUCUUUUACAGUCACAUGUAGAGUUCAAUCACAUGAACGUCAACUCUCCUCGGCUAUUUCUUUACGAUAAUGAUUCUUAUCUUUUUAAACAACAACAUUUAAGUAUUUCAGGCUCUGACUGAUUGUCCAAUCAUUUUCUUUUUUAUCACCACUACCUGCCAGUUGGUUUGUUAUAAAGUCCUGGAAGUAGAAGAUCUUCAAACUGAGAGAAAAACUCUCCAAAAAUGACUGAAAUGCAGUGUGUGUGUGUGUGUAAUUAAUCUUGAUGUUAAAUGCCAAAGUGAGUGGCCAAUAUGAAAAUGAAUGUCGACUUUAUUCAAGUAAAAGUUUUCAAAUACUAGGGCUGUGUUUAAUCAUAUCAUUCACAUAUAUAGAAACAACUUUAAACAGUCUAAACAGUCUAACA